GAGGCCAAUCGGAUAUGUUUGGGUCGGUUCGGUGCAGCUGGGCCAGGUUCGGGCGCGGAACGGAGCAUCGCCGUGGUCCCGAUCCUCUAUCGUCACCAUGCCGGCCGUUUCCAAGGGAGACGGGAUGCGGGGCCUGGCCGUAUUUAUCUCCGAUAUCCGAAACUGUAAGAGUAAAGAGGCUGAAAUUAAACGAAUUAACAAGGAGUUGGCCAAUAUCCGAUCCAAAUUUAAGGGAGAUAAAGCCUUAGAUGGUUACAGCAAGAAGAAAUAUGUCUGCAAGCUGCUUUUCAUCUUCCUGUUGGGCCAUGACAUCGACUUUGGGCAUAUGGAGGCAGUCAACUUGCUCAGCUCCAACAAAUACACAGAAAAACAAAUUGGCUACCUAUUCAUUUCAGUGCUGGUAAACUCCAAUAGUGAGCUGAUCCGUCUCAUCAACAAUGCUAUCAAGAAUGACUUGGCAAGUCGCAAUCCCACCUUCAUGUGCCUAGCCCUACACUGCAUUGCCAAUGUUGGCAGCCGUGAGAUGGCAGAGGCCUUUGCUUCCGAGAUCCCACGAAUCCUGGUGGCUGGUGAUACUAUGGACAGUGUGAAGCAGAGUGCUGCUCUCUGCCUCUUGCGCCUCUACAAAACUUCACCUGAUUUGGUGCCCAUGGGAGAAUGGACGUCACGUGUGGUGCAUCUUUUGAAUGACCAGCACAUGGGUGUGGUCACAGCUGCUGUCAGCCUCAUUGCUUGCCUCUGCAAAAAAAAUCCUGAUGACUUCAAGACAUGUGUCUCUCUGGCAGUAUCCAGGCUCAGCAGGAUUGUCUCUUCAGCCUCCACAGACCUCCAGGACUACACCUAUUACUUUGUGCCAGCCCCUUGGCUCUCAGUCAAGCUUCUGCGGCUGCUACAGUGUUACCCUCCCCCAGAAGAUGCAGCAGUGAAAGGACGACUGGUUGAAUGCUUGGAGACUAUCCUCAACAAGGCGCAGGAACCCCCCAAGUCCAAGAAAGUCCAGCACUCCAAUGCCAAGAAUGCUAUCCUUUUUGAAGCCAUCAGUCUCAUCAUCCACUAUGACAGUGAACCCAACCUGCUGGUACGUGCAUGCAAUCAACUAGGCCAGUUCCUGCAGCAUCGAGAGACCAACCUUAGAUAUCUAGCCUUGGAGAGCAUGUGUACUCUAGCCAGUUCUGAAUUCUCACAUGAAGCUGUCAAGACCCACAUUGAAACAGUCAUCAAUGCUCUAAAGACGGAACGGGAUGUGAGUGUACGCCAGCGAGCUGCCGACCUUCUCUAUGCCAUGUGUGACCGUACAAAUGCCAAGCAAAUAGUCUCAGAGAUGCUUAGCUAUCUGGAAACAGCAGAUUACUCAAUUCGUGAAGAGAUUGUACUGAAGGUGGCGAUCUUAGCUGAGAAAUACGCUGUAGAUUAUAGCUGGUAUGUGGAUACCAUCCUCAACUUGAUCCGCAUUGCUGGUGACUAUGUGAGUGAGGAGGUGUGGUACCGCGUCAUCCAGAUUGUCAUUAACCGGGAUGAUGUGCAAGGAUAUGCAGCCAAGACAGUCUUUGAGGCUCUUCAGGCACCUGCUUGUCAUGAAAACAUGGUGAAAGUUGGAGGCUACAUCCUUGGGGAAUUUGGGAAUCUCAUUGCUGGGGAUCCCCGUUCCAGCCCUCUGGUUCAAUUCAACCUUCUCCACUCCAAAUUCCACCUCUGCAGUGUUUCCACUCGGGCCCUACUUCUCUCUACCUACAUCAAAUUCAUAAAUCUCUUCCCUGAAACAAAGGGCACCAUCCAGGAAGUGCUUCGCUCAGACAGCCAAAUCCGCAAUGCUGAUGUGGAACUGCAGCAACGUGCCGUUGAAUACCUCAAGCUCAGUUCUAUUGCCAGCACCGAUGUCCUGGCUACAGUACUGGAAGAGAUGCCACCAUUCCCUGAACGUGAAUCUUCCAUUUUGGCAAAACUGAAGAAAAAAAAGGGUCCCGGGGCUGGCAGCGAGUUAGACGAUGGCAAAAAGGAUCCAAAUUCUGAAAUCAAUGGAGGCAUGGAUCCCUCAGGCAGCACUGCUUCAACGCCGUCCCCAUCUGCUGACUUAUUAGGUCUCCGAGCCACACCAGCGACUGCAUCUGGUGCGCCUGCCAGCACUGGCAACCUUCUAGUGGAUGUUUUCUCUGACAGCCCAUCUACCACAACUGGCCUGGCCUCUGGUGCAGAAGAUAAUUUCCUAAGGUUUGUGUGUAAGAAUAAUGGGGUGCUCUUUGAGAACCAGCUUCUGCAAAUUGGGGUGAAGUCAGAAUUCCGGCAGAACUUAGGCCGAAUGUAUCUUUUCUAUGGGAACAAAACAUCCGUCCAGUUCCAGAGUUUCACCCCAACAGUCAGUUAUCCUGGUGACCUGCAGAACCAGCUCAACAUUCAGACAAAAACAGUGGAGCCACUGGUGGAGGGAGGGGCUCAAGUUCAACAGGUCCUGAACAUUGAAUGCCUGAAUGAUUUCACGGACGCCCCCCUUAUCAACAUCAAAUUCCGCUAUGGUGGGACGUUGCAGAAUCUCACUCUCAAAUUGCCUAUCACUGUCAACAAGUUUUUCCAGGCAACAGAAAUGCAGUCGCAAGACUUUUUCCAGCGCUGGAAACAACUCAGCUUGCCACAACAGGAAGCUCAGAAAAUCUUCAAGGCAAACCACCCCAUGGAUUCAGAAGUGACAAAAGCAAAACUGUUAGGUUUUGGCAGUGCACUCCUGGAGAAGGUGGAUCCAAACCCUGAUAACUACGUAGGAGCUGGGAUCAUCCAGACAAAAGCACUGCAGGUUGGAUGCUUGCUGCGACUGGAACCCAAUGCUCAGGCACAGAUGUACCGGCUGACCCUUCGUACCAGUAAGGAGUCUGUUUCAAAGCACCUUUGUGAGCUGCUUUCCCAGCAGUUCUGAGGCAUCUACCACACCAUAGGAAGGGGAGGCCAUUCCUGCACACUAGAUGCCUCUGUACAUCUCAUCCCAACACUCUCCAAACCAGGGGCCUCCAGAAAGACUGUACUGCUCCCUGCCUGUUGUUGUGAUAACCUCUGUGUUUUCAUUGCCUAGCCCGGGCCAGCAUCAAGAGGGAUAAAUGAGUGGGGAGCAAAAGUAUGGAGCCUUGGUUGGACAAAAUCAAAUUGGGUUAGGGGAGGGAUGAUGGGUAUUGAUGCAGGGCAUUCUUUCAGCAGUAACCAUCCCCUUGGGCAAAAGGGCAAUUUUUGGAAGAAAGCUAGCUUUCGUCCCAUGCUGUAAACUGGUUCAUCUCAUUUUGGGAUGAGGCUGAAAUCUGUGGUUUUAAUUCUUCACCCAUUACCACUACUUUUAUAUGAUUUAAGCUGGCAUUUUAGUUUUGUUUACAAUAUGUACCUUUAUUUUCUCACCCACGGACUUUCCCCUUUCUGCUGUGGAAAGGGAUAGCUUCUCUGGCUCCCCUUGAGCUGGCUGGGGGGAAGGAAUAGGAUUGUGUGGGCCUAUGGGGAGGAGGGGGUAUUCUUGUAGGCAGUCGUUUUGUGUUUCUUUGCCUUGUGUGUUUUCCCCAUGGAUGGGGAUGUAAAUUCUCCUUUUCCUUUGCUAUGAUCAUUCCAGUGUUACAGUUACGUGUAUUUGUGGGAACAUAAUUUUGACAGCAUCCUGCCUCUUUCUUCAGCUCUAGAAGGAAACUACAUGAAGAUGAGAGGAAAAGAGACAGUUUAUUUCCUCUUCUGCCUCCCCUCACCAUCUUUUCAAUUCCCAGGAAGAAGUGCCUCAAGCAGGUACAAAAGUUUGGGAGAUGGACUCCAGAAUGCUGCCCUCCGUGCAUUUUGGAAAAGAGGGGAAGGGUUCAGAUCAUGCUAGUUUGGGGUUGUCCCAGCUUCCCAUGCUGGCCCGGGCUCCAUGUUACUCUGCUGUGUAGGUGUUAACUAGCGCAUCUUAGUUUAUCUGGGUUUUGAAUGCCUGUAUCUAUCUCCAUGUGACUCUAAUAAAACCGUGAGAGUGGGGGAGAGCCAGAAUCAAGCCAGGCUGGGUCACCCCCACACCGCUGACUGAUUUGUUGAA